AUGUUUUUCUUCUUAUCUACUCAGACUCUCUCAACAUAUAUUGACAGAUCCGAAUUAGAUACCGAGUUCAUCAAAGUUCUCGAUGAUAGAACAAUGCGUGAUACAAUUAAGAAAUCUAAGAAUUCAUUUGUCCUUUUCCACGCUGAUCAUUUAAGAAUGUCAGAUUCAGCAUAUCUCUCAUAUGCUUCUAUUGCCAAAAAGUAUGAAAAGAAGGCUGAUUUUUAUGUUGUUCCAGCUUCAAAUGGUGCAGAUGUUUCCAGAACAUACAAUGUUCCAGGAAAUCCAACAUUAAUGCAUUUCAACUUUGGCACAAAGACUGGCCAGCACCUUGGUAUGUAUUCUAAAUCCAGCAUUGAAAGAUUUAUCCAAAAUUACACAACCACAAGCAUCAUAGAGCUUAACUUUGCCGAGGAUGUCACCAAGCAGCAAAUAUUAGAUAAGAUUGCCGAGUCAACAGUCGACAGACCACACUGCAUUGUUCUUUUCUGCGACAACGAGACCCAAUUCGGCAGAGCAGCCUACAAAACCCAGAACGAUCUUGGCACAUUCUACACAUACAUCAACAUCAAGAGCGAAGCAGCUGCCAAAGCUUACGGCGCAAGAUGGCCAUCAAUUGUUUUCAUGAGAUUCGAUGAUGCCCAGACAUUCACAUACACCAAGGAAGCCGACCCAGAUGAAAUGUUCAUUUGGAUCCAGCAUUGCGCUAUUCCAAACUUCAGACCACUUGAUCCAGCUCAUCUCUUCUCAAUGGAUGGUGUUCCACUCAAAUCCGUCAUCUCAUUCUUAGAUACAAGCGAUAACAAGCAGUACGAUGACGUUUUCAUGGCUCUCGGAAAGAUUUCUAAUGAUGAUAAGUGGAUUAACCUUUACUACGUCGAUAUUCGCGAGAACCCAGCAUUAGUUAAGCUCUUCGGCAUUACAGAAUUCCCAUCAACUAUCUACCUUUCCGCUAAUUACUCAAUCAUCAAAUUUUAUUCAGAGAAAGGAGCCUUGAACGAGGAAACAUACAAGAAGUUCGAAAGUGAUGAACUCAAAUACAGCAUUGUUCCAACACCAGAAGCCUUAUUCGACGACUUACGCCCAGUAAAUGAAAUCGCAUUUGAAAAAAUGCUCCAGGAAGGACCAUUCUUCACCUUCUUCAACUCCAGGUUCUGCGUCAAGUGCAAGACAAUGAAAGCCGCAGUAUUCGACGCAGUCCACACCAUCAGAAGAAACAGCGGAAAGCUCAAAUUCGCUUCCUGGGACAUUACAUUGGCCACACCAUCAUUCCAGAAGGAUUUGGACAUCGGAAUUCCUUCCCUCUACUACUACCCAGACAACAACAUGACUCACGGCGAAGUCUACGUCGGUCCACAGAACUACUUGUCAAUCAUGGAGUGGGUGAACGCAAAGACAGCUUCAUUCGACCUCGAUGAUGUAAUGAACAAGGAAGUUGGAGGAUCCUUCGAUGAAAUUUAA